AGUCAAUUGGCAAGUGGGCAUGUUAAAAACCUUCCAAGCUCAGCAUUAUCAUCACUCUCGAUUGCCAACUGCCAACUCUCUCGAAAAAUGUCUAUCUAAAAGAAUUGUUUUAGGCUUGUAAUUGUAUCUGUAUCAUGUUAACCUUGUUCAUUAGCGAGUAGGCGAAGCCUCUUUUCUACAAUUUCACCGCGAUGACCAGUUUAUCGCUCUCUCAGAUUCUACGCCCGUAUGCCGUCCAGCCAAUGUCUGCGAACAGUGCUGUGUACGGGCGAUUCUACUCCAUCACCCGGCAAAAGUGCAUGCGAACAUAUUCUUCUCAAAACUCCGCCCCGGAGGCCGACGAUGCCAGCGAGAUCAAGAAGCUACAAUGGGCCGAGAUCAACGCAGCAAAGAAGGCUGAAAGGCUAGCCGAGAAGUUGGCCAAGGAGGCUCAGAGGACAGCAAGGAAGCAUUUAGAAGAACAGGCUCUGGCGACAGAAAAGCGUGUCCAAAAGCUGAAGGAGCUCAAUGCAUUGGAAUGGCCACGUAUUCAAAAUCAAAAGGAGAUUCCACAAAUGAGCAUACCAGCAUUUAGAGCCAAGUACAAGGAUCUAGCUAGUGCGCAAACAUCGUCCGAUCAAGUGCAACUUCGUGGCAGAGUCUUGGCCGCCAGGAAACACAGCUCCAAGCUGGCCUUUCUAGACAUUCAGGGUGAUUUCCAUAGUGUUCAAGUCAUGCUCGAUUUUAGCCACAUUGAGGCGGCAACCGGGAUCACAAUGGAGCAGUUCAGAGAGAAGCGCUUGACCCUACUCCGCGGCGAUUUCGUCUCAGUCGAGGGAACAGCCACCGUUACUCUCCAAGGCGAACUUACCCUCAAGGUGAACAAAUUGCCUGACUUGCUUAGCCCGAGCAUAGCGCCCGUUCCCACCAGGCUGAUAGAUGAGGAAACAAUGGUUCAGAACCGACACCUUACUCUGCUGGUCAACCAACAAGCCCAGAAGCUUUUGCGAUUCCGUUCCGAACUCAUAUGGUGGCUCAGGAGCUACUUUGUGAAGCGGAGAUUUCUUGAAGUCCAGACUCCAAUCCUGGCCGACUACGCUGGUGGCGCUGCUGCCCGACCAUUUCUCACCUCAUCCACCGCCCUGCCGCAGAAAGAACUAGCCCUGCGUAUUGCACCUGAGCUCUGGCUGAAGCGGAUGGUUGUGGGAGGAUUCGACAGAAUCUUUGAGAUCGGACCGGCUUUCCGCAACGAAGGGUUAGAUGGGACGCACAACGCCGAGUUCACCAUGUGCGAGUUCUAUCAAGCAUAUGCCGAUCUACCCACUCUCAUUGACAUGACCACAGACCUUGUCCAGAGUGUUGCAAAGUGGUCCAAUGAGGUUCUUGAGAAGAUGAGGUCCGAGGCGGCAGUAGGCACACAAUACUUCUCUCAGUUCGAACAGGUCGAAUUCAUACCGGCUCUCGAAAAUGCCUUGAACAUCAAAAUUCCAGACCUUGCAAGUCCAGACGCUCUAGAACGUCUAGGAGAAGCACUUCACACAGGGCUUGGUUACGGGGUUGAUGCUAAUGUUUCAUUGAACAAGCUCCUCGACAAUCUUGCCGCCACGUACAUUGAGCCGAUGUCAGAGGACAGGCCAUUGUAUAUUACACAUCAUCCAGCCUGCAUGUCGCCUCUUUCCAAGUCCUUCACCUGCCCUAAGACUGGUCAGCUGGUAUCUGCCAGGGCCGAGCUCUUCAUCAAGGGUCGUGAGAUCGCCAACAUGUACGAAGAGGAGAACAACCCCUUCGAACAACGGCGCAAGUUCGAGCUUCAGGUCGAGGCUCGCAAUGCGAACAGCCCGGACGAGGGUCAGGCUGUAGUCGACGAGAGCUACGUUCAAGCUUUGGAACAUGGCUUGCCUCCUACUGGCGGGUGGGGAUGCGGUGUAGACCGGCUCGUGAUGCUCUUCACCGGCGCAUCGAGGAUCAACGAUACGCUCAGCUUCGGAAAUCUGCGAAACGUAGUCGGCGCCACCAAUGUGUCGAAGCGAAAGUAGACUGAGUGGCGGCCAGUGGAGAAUUGCACUGGAAGCCCUGUAUGUUAUGUAAAUUAGUACGACAGAAAGAUACCCCUUUGCUUUUCUUCUUUUUUUUUUGGAAUUUUUGAAGAGAACGUCCGCUCCAUGACUCGAA